GCUCCGUAAGCGACGGGUACAGUCGAAACAACUCGACGAUUAUUAAUCCUUUUCCACGGUAUAGGAAGGUACACCGGAUAUAACCGUGUUUUGAGUCAAAACUAAGUCGGAGGAAUUUACCGGAGUUGAUGUUUAGGCUUGGACAUUUCAAGCUAUGGCGCUAAGUAAACAACUCUGUAGACGAGAGCAAGGGUUCAGCUACCCAGUUGCUGACGACCAACGUUCGGAUUCGUUUUCUGAAGUCUUCGACGAAAUCAGUUUUUGUGUCAGACCGGAAGAAGACCGUGAGAUAAUAAGCAAUCACCUUCACGAUGAUACAGAUGAUUCAUCGUCUGCUAAACCAACCGUUAGCUGUGCAAAAUGUGUGGAACAUGUACGUGUGGAGAGGGUGUCACAAAUUCGGAGAGGCCAUCAUAUAACUAUGCCUGGUAAAACAGUUGGGAACAAGUAUGAUUCUGAACGCCGAAAGCAGAAGUGGAUAUACAUGCACCAUGCCAUUGUAAAAGAUAUCAUAGCUAAGGAUGACCGGAGGUCAAUCGUGGAGCUGAAGUUAAUCCACAUGUGGGAAAACGAACGCGGUGAGCUUGGGCUUUGUGAAACGGAGACGCAGUUCGCUCUUGCAAAUGACGAGUUGUACAUAGUAGAAUAUAAACAUCCGAGAUUUACGCGAGAACAGGUGGUAGAAAGAGCGGAGAAAGCGCUAAAUGACCGAGAAAAUGCUCGUAGUGAAUCAAGAUUCAUACGGUUUAGUUGUUACAAUGUGGUCACAACAAACUGUGAACAUUUUGCCACUUGGUGUGUGGUAGGCUUACAAAAGAGCCACCGAGAUUUGUAUUUCUGGCAACAAAUAGGUCAGAAAAUCGUUGCAAUAGGCGAGAGUUCACAAGUCAUGGAGAUGAAGACGCGUCUUGUUGAAAUAUUUGGAAGUGCAAGCAAAAUAGUAAAAUGCCUCAAAGUUCUGUUCGAUUCUUCAGAUGAAAUUACGAAAAUAUUGGGUAACAGCAUGCCGAGUGCAACAACAAUAUUAAGCGUCACUGCCGCCAUUUAUGUAUUAUAUUGCAUAAUUAUGACUAUAUACUUUAACUAUAAGUACGCCAGGAGUGAAAUAUGUGGCUCAUGUUUUCGGAACAGUAUAAUGGAUCUUUGGGCUAGGUGUUCUUUGUAUGGAAUCACCUCUAUAGCCACGUUUUUCAUAUUGAGUAACGGCGUAUCAAUUCCGGCUGUGGUGGGCUGUUUCGCGCUGAUAGCGUUGUCGGUGGUUUGUCAACAUUACAUCCCAAAUAUAAGAAAAGCACUGAUGGCCCCAUACGGGUGCAGCAAGACCGCAAUAUAUCGGCUUGAUGACAUAAAUAUCGGAGAUAUUGUCACCAUACACUACUGGGGUCUACCCCAUGACGUCAUUGUUACGGAAGUUCACACUAAUAGUAGAGAUAAGAAAGGCAAGAUUCGAGUUGUUCACUAUGCUUUAGACAAACUGUUUUCCACCAAAGAAGUUAAGGAAGAAUAUUUUACAUUUAGAUCGGUUAAAAAAUCUUUUCCACUAUUGCGCCGUCAUGAAUGUGGUCAUUUGAAUUUGUUCCCUCCUGAAAUUGCUGUCCUGAGGGCAAAGCAGAGAAUAGGUGAAAGGAAAUGGCACUGGACUAAAAACCGUUCCGAUCACGUUUGCUACUGGGCGAAAGUAAAGCAAUACUUGACAGCAGAUGAAGCAGGCGACACGUCACAUGGACCGUCUGCUUCUCUAGAAGGUCAAGGUCAAUCGAAACAUCCAAGUACCUUGUUUAUGGGAGAGAUGGAGGCACAUCUCAGUAGCGACAUAGAAAUUGGAGACGCUGUAAGAGUUAAAGGUGUUGAGGGAAUACUUGUAUACAAAGAUUGUGGAGAAAGGAAAAUGAAAUUGGAGAUUAUCACUGUUAAAGAUUCCGUGAAAAAGGUGAGGCAAUUUGUAAAUCUCAAUACUGACAAUGUUACAGUUUUGAGAUACCAUCCGGUACAUUGUCAUCCGAAACCAGUGCGAGUUGAUCGGGCAAGAUUGAUUAGAGGCCAGAAAAUCCCGUUGAAAAAUUUUAUGGAUUUUUGUUUGUUGCUAAACAGUUAACUUUAAGUGACUUUUUAUACAGAUUCUGUUUUCGACAGAAUUAAAGAACUACUAUUAAGCAGCUCAUGCCAAUGUAUCUAUCUACCAAGCAGGACGUAUGGGCUAAUCUAUAGCGGAAAUGUAAAUUGUGACAGUCAUGCGCAGGAAUGUACGUUUUAGAACGGAUACCUAAAUGCCUUUGGCUUAGUUAAACGAAAGUACUAUAAAUAUAUUUAUUGCAUUAUUAUCCAUUAGUCUUUCAUGUUAGAAUAUUUUUUCAUCAUUAUUUAUGACUAUAAUAUCCAUGAAUGAAGAUUUUGAAUAUUGUCAAUACUAAACAAUUUUUGUCCUUUUCAAUCCUGUUUAUAUAAGGUUGUUGUAUCAUAAUUGUUUAUGUUUGUAUUAUAUGAAAUAAAUACUGUUUAAACCAAACAUUUUUU